AUGAAAAAAUCAAGUACUCUUAAUACUCAAGUUAAUGUUAGUUUCAUUCCAAAGUCUACAACUGAAGGUGCCUUGGCCUUUCUUCGAUCCGAAAUUGGAAAACGAUUAAAAGGUAGUGAUAAAUGUCGUACUGUCACUGAUAUGAAUCGAGAUAAUGAGAGUUCGCCAAAUGAUGCUGAUGUUCGUCUACUUUUUCAAAUGCGAAAGUUUAGAUUUCACCAAAAAUGCCUUAGGGUGUGGGUGUAGGUAUGGGUUGAGAGAAAAACAUCCACACCCACACCCACAUACUUUAAAUACAGAAUCAUAAUAGAUAAGCUGCUGAUCUUAUUUAGUAGUUACACAUAAUUUUUUAUUACAUUUCACUCUUUCAGAUCAAUUUUUAGAUGCUCAGCUGUAGUUAUCCUAUAGCUCACUUAGAUAAACAUAAAGGUGCACUCAAGUCUUGAUCUCCGCAGGGAAUCAGAAGGGUUUUAAGUUCAAUGGCACUUUCAAUAAACAAAUACAUUCGAAAGCGUUACAGAUACAGAGGUUCAGGAAUCAAUGAAGACGACUUACUAUGCUCCAGAUGUUAUAUAUCGGAAGAACGCCGAGUGUCGAAUACUUCUGGGUGGGGUGUGGGGUGUGAGGUGUAGAAUGUUGAUGCGGGUAUAGUUAAAGAGAAGAUUUUCAUCUCAUACCCACGUACCGGAAACCCGUACACGCGCCCACUCUCACACCCACACCCCCAAUUUUAUUUUGAAAAGCCCACAAUAUUCUUUUAAACUAGCAAUCCAGGAUCCAUUUAUAUGAUGAUUUGGCAUAACUGUGUCUUUGCUGAUAUUGAAAUGUGAGCUUUGAUAUUUUGAUCAGAAAUAGUACUUAUACGGAUGUAUGCAGAGAAAAAAUUUGAGCAAAAUAUCUCAUGUAGUUUUGGAGAAAAUCGCCCAUUAGGACCGGGAUUUUUCGAAGAUUCUGACCUUCUUUCAGCUCAUAUCUCGAAAACGAUAGUUUCCAUAUGAUUCAGGUUAAUGACACGGUAACUGGAAUCGAUCUUUCUACAUUUGAACAUUAAAACGAUUUCUAUAACGCUUAUGUUGAGUUGGCAGUAACCAUACGAAAUUCCUAAGUAACUAUGAAAUUUUCUUUUUUUGUGAAUGACAAAUCAUCGUGAAAUUUCACGAUAGAGACUUGAAAAUUACUCCAUGUAUAUAACGUUGAGUGCUCCACCCAAUGGUGAUGUCAGAAGUUUUGUAACAUGUUUCAUUAGAAUAAAAUAAAAUAAAGGAUUUUCGAGGGGGAUUUUUGAUAAAACUCGGCUUUGUCAGCUCGGUUUCCAGCCCAACCGCACGGUCUUAAUCAAAACAAAAUAUAGAUUCUUACACAACUUGACAAGCUCUACACAACCGAUAUACUAAGAAAUUGCCGACUGAAUGUCGAUAUAGAUUUGGGAGACCCUGCUUCGAAGCAUCCAUAUGCUGUUAAUCAGACUUCGUCGUGCAUGAUAUUAAAAUUAAAAUACUUUUUUUUCUGGAUAAGGGUGCGGAUGUGUACGAGUGUUCUCUUAGUCUAGUCACACCUACAUGUACAUUCUCACCCACAUGCACGCACACAGACCUUUUCAAGCUUUGACGUUUCAGCUAUUCCAGUAUUCAAUCAUUCCAUUAUUGACAUCUAGUGUGCUGUUGUGUGCGUCUGUCAGCCACAGCUCCACGGCACCCACACCCCAAGCUUACGAAACCUGAAAUAGUUGAAACUUGAAUAGUUGAAAAGUCGAAUUGUCGUUAUGUGAAAGCUUGAACAGCUAAAUGGUUUAAUAGUUGAAUACUUGAAUCGUUGAAUGCUUGAAUAGCCGAGUUGUUGUUACUUGAAAACUGGAAUAGUUGAAUAGUAGAAUGGGUUAAUAGUUGAGUAUUUGAAUCGUCGAAUGCUUGAAUAGUGAAAUAGUUGAAUACUUGAAUCGUUGAAUGCUUGAAUAGUUGGAUGCUUGAAUACAUGGUUGCUUGAAUAGUGGAUAUUCAAGUUUUCAAGUUUCAAGUAUCCAAUAAUUGAAUUUAAGUUUCAAGUCUGACAUGUAUUAUGUGACCGGACAAAGUGGUAUAUAAAAGUCAUGAGCAGCAUCAAACACAUCUAGUUACUUGACAUCCACGCAUCCUUAUCAAAAACAAUAACACAAAGAGAUGUGCAGCCAACAUUGAUUUUUCUUCUGAUAGCAUCUGUCGUCGGUGCAGUUCAGUCACAAACAUGGGUCGGUACUUACACGGCCAAUUCGUCGUGUAGCACAUCAUCUUGCUGCUGUUUAAGCGGAAACGUGGUAAUGACAGACACUUUGUUUGGUACCUAUUCAGUUAAGUCCAGUGUGAGUAGCAGAUGUGGUGGUUCUACCACAUUCUCAGGUACUGCUCGUACAAAUGGCUAUAAGGGGUGGGUUUUGAUAGGGGGCGAC